GUUAAAUGGGAUCGCGUCGUUGAAAGAACACGUUGAGGAAAAAGCUUGUAUCCCAUGAAAGCGUCAACUUUAAAUGGCAACCUGGCCUGUGAAAUGAGGCGUGUUCUCUGCAGCCCAGAGGCCGUAGGUAGAACCGGGGACCCUCUUAGGAUUGCUUGGCCUUUGUGUCUUCUCCUUGGCCCCCUCCAAGUGCCAGCUCCUUUUUACAGGACUGAAGACACUCGUCCAGGUUGCAGUCCGCUGUAUGCUUUCACUUCGUCCCCUGGAAACAACUCGGAAUUUUUCCAGUAUUGCAGUAUUUUAUUUAAAGGAAAAACAGAAAGGCUGUAUAGAAAAAUUCCUAUCUGAUGGGAGUUAAUUCCAGGACUCUUAAGUGGAAUUUUCUUUUUUUUUGUAAUUAGAAAUUCAAACCCGUUCUGUGUAAAAGCUGCUUCCUUAACAAAGCAGAGCCUGGAAGGAUCCGCACCCUCACUGUCAGCUUAGCUCAGGCAGGUGACGGACUUGUUAACCGUUCCCGGACUCAAGAAUCCGGAAGUGCAGUGCCCUGAGAUGCCUGCCAGGACUCGGGUGGGUGGGUCGGGGGCCGGUCGUCUUCCCGAAUUGCAGACUGCAAAAACGAGGUGGCGAGAUCGGAAAAUCCGGAGCCUGCCUUUGCAGACCGGCCUCUGCCUCCGGAGCCGCGGCGGCACAGAGGGCAGGGGUGGGCUCUGAGGGCGGCCUGCGCUCCCGUGGCGCCCGCCGCGCUCGGCAAGCCGGCGGUCCCCGUGACCCGGAGCUCGGCGCACGGCGGCCACGGACGUGCAGGACAGCGUGCUGGAGUGUGGACCUGCUCCUCACUGUCGGAGGGCAGCUGAUGGUUAAGUAACACACAGAUCAGCCUUGUGAGUCGUCAGCCUCCAGUUUCCAGCGCCCUUUGGAAGAGAUCAAACAGGGCUGGGGUUUUUGUUUAAAUUUUUUUUUUUAACGUGGCCGCCAGAAGGAACACGCGGACUUUGUCUUCAGACGGUGCUUGGCAUGGAUUGCGUGAUCAAAAGAGAAGAGGAAUUGCUUCUGUGUGACAUCAGCUCGGGGCGUAACGCUUUCACAUCUUUCUCGCAGGGAAAAAGGUAGGAGUAUUACCAGUGCCGUGAUCGGAAGCCUGUUGUGCGCAGCGCAGUUGCAGGGAGACCUCACGGCUGGGGGCCAGGCCCACCCGGCGUGGACCCCGCGUCACCGUGCAGGCGUGAACGCAGGAAGGACGUCUGUCUGACCCUCGGCGGUCUUGUCCAGCAGGGGUUCCCCAGGAAGCGUGGCUCGGGAUUUGAACUGCCAUUAGGAACCCGGCAGGCCUGGCACGGUAACGCUUGCCAAAACGGCUGUACCUUUUUAAUUGCGGCAUCUAAAGUCUCCAAAGAGCGCGUGGUAGGUGCCUCGUGGUACUUGGGGAGCAAAUAAAGGAACAACUUCUGUUCUGCUCUAACAGAAGAGAACAUUUACCGUCCCCUCGUCUGCGUCUCUGAAGCCCCGUGACCUCCGGUACUCCGCGGCCAGGCCUGUGCUCAUCUGUUCAUAUGUUCAGGGAGAUUCCUCCUUCCCUGAGAAGUGGCUGCUGUCCCCAUCUCCGCAGGGGUUAGGUGCCCCGCAGCGCCCACAGGGACGGGGAUGCCCCAGGGGAGGCUGGGAGCUCCAGCUGCCACCAGGAGGCGCUCCGGAGUCCGUGGGAGAGGUGCCCUCCGGUGGAAGCUGAAGAAAGGGUUCUGAGGACCCUGCAGUGAAAUCUUUUCCGGAAGAAUUUCCCAGUAGUUGACUUGGCUGGUCGUGACUUGUCCUAACAGAGGCAGCGUGCGAUGAUCCCUUUGCACCGGCGGGUUCUGGCAUUAAAUAUACCGCAGGAGCGCGCUGACUCUGCAGCUGUAAACAUGAUGUCUGGGAUGUUCCCUGGACCCGCCAUGCCUGCUUCAUGCGCUCACAGGGAAAUGAACUUGCUCAAGGUCGCCGGUGAGGGCAGGGCAUCCACAGGACCGUGCGCGGCUUCCGUCUCUUAUCCUUGAGGCUGAUGUGUGUGUGACCCUGGAGCCUUUGCUGUUGAUCGACGGACCUCUUUUCAAGCUGGGUAGUGACGCGUCCCUGCCCACGGGGUGCGUGUGCUAGCCACGGAAUUCCUGUGUGAAGUCUUUCCUUCGCACAGGCUCGGCUUUCAAGGAGAGAAUAAAGGGGUUCUAGAGGCCAUCGCUUGUCCUGAACUUGAGGGCAGGUCUCAGUUUUUACCCUUUGAAUCUGCCUUAAAGGUUUGAGGAGACAACAGUGCUGAGUUGCGGAUGGCAGGCAGGAGAAACAGGUGGGAACCAGGCCGUUCUCCCGCGGUUCACAAAGCAAGCAUUUCAAAGGAAGGGAUGAACCGAGUAUUUGUUUUUAAUGGCGUUCCCUGGAUGCAGUUGUCAGACUUUCUCAUGGUCACAGAAAGCCUUGGCGGGAGGCUUGUCAAGAUGCAGGUGCCCGGGUGUGGCCGAGAGUCUCAGGUGAGGGGGAUGGGGGGAUCCCAGGAACCUGCACUGCUGCCCAGGUGAUCCCCGUGCCCGGGGAACCGUGGCUGCGCUGUCCUCACCCCAGGCCCCCUUACACAGCUUUGGGGGACUCUGACACCAUACUCCGCCCUGAUGGUGAUCCCGAAUGCUGGGGACAGGGCUGGGGAGGACGUGACCCCAGCGACUUGCGGGCUGCUCCGAAGAGAAUCCAGGUGACUGCCACGGUCACGUUCACCCAGCGAGUUUGGAAUGAUGUUUUCCCUGUGGAAAUACACGGGUGGAGAUACUCUGCGGCCGGCUUGCCAUGGAUUAUGCUUUAUCCUGGUCUCAGAAGGGACUUUUGACUCUUUGCACAAAGUUAGACGCCAAGUAGGAGUUAAUGAAAAGCUGAGACCUAAAAACCCCAAGUGAGGGAGGGACGGGGGAAGGGUUAAGGAGGACGGUGUAAAUCCGGAAUGGUGAAGCCCUGUAGACGUGCAGGGCCCUGAGGAUGCGGUAAAUCAUCUGUGAAUCCCCGGGACCCUGUGUGUCCGUGGCCUCUCGACAUUAAUCAGAAACCACCCACUGAAGGCCUGGUUGGCCAAACAUUAAUCACAAAGCAGUGAAUCUCAGCACAAGCACACAGGGGGGACUUUUUUCUUUUCGGAAAGGGGUUCAGAGAGGGAGGAAGAAAGCCGACUGGGGCGUCCAGGGUGAUCUCCUCCUUCAGAAGGAUGAGAGCACGGUGAUUUGGAAAAGAAGAGGUCAGGUCGAUGCUGGUAAGCGUCCAGGUAUGACCUGACAGGGCAUCGUGGUUGAUUUCCCGUUGCCACUGAUAGGAAAGGAAAAGUCAUUUGCAGUAAAAAUCUACACUAGCCCCUUUGCCCGAUCUAGUAUUCUUUACGUGAGAAGCCCAUCUUUGCCUGGCUCUCUCUGCGACUGACGUUCACCUGGGUAAUGUUUCCCUUUGGAAAAAUAAUCAAGGCCCGUCUAAGACGCCAGGACGUCGGCCUAAAACCCCACCUGGAGCAGCCGGACGUGCGCAGACCCUGCGGCGAGGCGGCCGACAGUGACAGCAGGCCCAGCUCAGGCUUCUACGAGCUGAGUGAUGGUGGUUCCUGCUCCCUGUCGGCCUCCCGCACGUCCGUGAGCAGUGACCGCGUGUACUCCUUGGGCACUUUGCUGCCAGCUGACCCCACGGCCAGGCCCCGGUCAGCCGACGACACCACCGUGCAUGGAGCCCCCCUGCCCACCUGUAGAUCUCAGGCCACCGAGGAGGGGGAGUGCAGGCCCAGGCCGGUGUCUACAGGUGAUCUCGAAAGAGUCCUGCCGUCUGCGGUGGUGCCCCAGAAAGCCAGCACAGACCCCACAUCCGCGACCCUCCUCUGCCACGGGAUGGGGCUGCCAGCCCACGGGCCGGACCCCAAGUACCGGCGUGACCUGGUGUCCACGGGGGGCAGGGAGGUGUACCCGUACCCCAGCCCCCUGCACGCCGUAGCUCUGCAGAGCCCGCUCUUCGCUCUGCCCAGGGACGCCCUGCACGCCGACUCCCAGCCGCCCCCUAGGAAGCCCCCUCCCGGCCCCACAGGCCCGUCGAUCCCGACAAGACCUGUCCUUGAGGCCGGCCCCGCUGCAGCCUAUAUAGACAGGCUACUGAGGCUGCGGGCCCGAGGGACCCCCGCGAGGAGCAGUGUGGGUGAGCAGGGGCCCCCAUCCCCGCAGGCACCUGGUGGCCAGAGAGCAGACGGUCCAGACGGCCUGGAGAAGCUGGUGUGCACCCCCGGGAGAGCAGGAGCGGGCAGGCUGGCCCAGAGAGGGGACGCCAGCAGGGACCGCCUCGAGCAGCAGGGUGUGAGCACCCCGCGCCCCAGCAGCCUUCCAAAGGGGGGACCCAAGCCCUCCAGUGGCUGCGUCCGUGGGGACACCGUGCUGGGCUCCCCUCUGCCGAGGUGUGGGCGUGCCCAGGUGGCCGCCAGCAGUCAGGAGAGGACAGUCCUGUCGCCUACCAGGAAGGCAGGAGGAGAGAGCCCCGCUCUGGCCCCCGAGGGGUGUGGCCGCCCCCCAUUUGCUGUCAGCGGAGCUGCUCUCCUGGGGCUAAAAGCGGGCGCCCCCAGGACAAAGGCUGUGAAGAUCAGGAGAGGGGCCAGUGACAAGGUCCUGAGGUUUGGGGGGCAACCGCCAGCAGGAGGUGCCCUCGCCACCCCCCAGCUGCCUCCCGAGUGGGGGGCCGGUCUCAGGAGGAGGCCCGCGCCGGCCGGGGUGGCGCCCAGCCGGUCCUGCUCUGAGCCCAGACUCUACCCCGUGCCCUUCCUGGUGCCCCUGCUGGUGGCCCGACGGGAGGCCCGUGGGGGCCCCGCGCUGGCCUUGUUCCCCUCAGAAGCGGCUGCUGUGGCGGCCGGGGGGGAGGCACAGAAACAGCGCCGGUGGCUGUCCUCCGUGGAGGUCUCGGGCGGCCUGGGGCCCCACAGGCCGGCAGUGAGCAGAGGGGGCGGGCAGCGGCCCGUGUGCAUCCGGGCCAGGCCCAGGCUGCCCCCCCGGGCCCCCCGCGCCAGGAGCGAGUCGGAGGGCUCCGAGCACUCUGCCGAGGGUGCCUCCCUGCCUCCGUCCGCUGCCACCGAGACCAGCGAGGACGACAGGGCCAGCGACCACACUGCCAGCUGCUUUGGGGACAAGGAGUCCAGCAGCAGUGACUCAGAAGGCGGGGCCAGGCCUGGGGCGCGUCCCCCACAGCUCCCGCGGGCCCCGGCCGCCCGCAGGCCGCCCCUGCCCCCCGUGCCCAAAGUGUGCCGGAUCAAGGCCUCCAAGGCCCUGAAGAGAAAGAUCCGGAGGUUCCAGCCGGCGGCACUGAGGGUCAUGACCAUGGUGUGAGGCCCGCGGGAGACGGCCCGGGGCGUCCCCGCCCGCGCCAGGGAAGCCGUCCUGAGGAACCGCGAUGACGGCACGCGACCAGCCCCAACAGGUGGACGGCCGACCAGAACUUGGGAAAAACCAUAAGAAGACUGGCCAAAGCGUCUGUGGGUUUGUGGACAUUCAUGUAACAGGCAGCUAGUUUCAGGAUGUGGUUUAGAGAUAAACAUUUUAAAAAGCAA